AUGAUUACAGCACUUGAGAAUUAUCCAAUUACACCUGCAAAAACUAUCCCGAUGGCAUUAGAUCUAAUUCUAUCUCAGUCUGAUCUAUCUAUCUAUCUAUCUAUCUAUCUAUCUAUCUAUCUAUCUAUCUAUCUAUCUAUCUAUCUAAUUUUAUCUAUCUAUCUAUCUAUCUAUCUAUCUAUCUAUCUAUCUAUCUAUCUAUCUAUCUAUCUAUCUAUCUAUCACAGUCUGAAAAAUCUAUCUCAUCUGAUCAAUUUUAAGUGUGAUCUAUCUCCGUGUUUAUCUAUCUAUCUAUCUAUCUAUCUAUCUAUCUAUCUAUCUAUCUAUCUAUCUAUCUAUCUAUCUAUCUAUCUCAGUCUGAUCAAUUUUAAGUGUGAUCUAUCUAUCUAUCUAUCUAUCUAUCUAUCUAUCUAUCUAUCUAAUAUCGUCUCUUUCUCUCUCCUUCUCUCUCCUUCUCUCUCUUUCUCUAUCUCUCACUCUUUCUCUCUCUCUAUUUAUCUCUCUCUUUUUCUCUUUCUAUCUCUCUUUCUAUCUCACUCUUUCUCUCUCUUUCUCUCUCACUCUUUCACUCUCUCUUUAUCUCUCUCUCUCUCUCAAGAAAAUUAA